CUGAAACACUUCAAAAGCCUUGUUGUUUCCACUACUGAUUCCAUCCACAUAUUAAUGCACAGUGGCUCGUGAUAUAUAAAACCACAAAGAGAAUAGCUCCUCCUCGACAAAGUGCAGUCAUGGGGGAAGGUCUCAGGCAAAGAAGGUACCAUCAGGAGGAGGAGGACGACGAAGAGCUGUUCGAAUCCGACUCCUAUUCGAGCAACUCCGACGACGAUGAUUUCACGCAAGAUGUGACUCGUUCGCCUCCGGCUUCAUCCUCGCCAUCGUCCAAGCCGGCUUCAGAUGGACCUCUGCGUGAGAUGUCUUCUCUCAUGGAGCAUCUACCCAUCAAGAGAGGGCUGUCCAAAUACUAUCAAGGGAAGUCGCAAUCCUACACAUCGCUUGCUGUGGUUAGCAGCGUAGAGGACCUUCCCAAGAAGGAGACCCCCUACGCAAGGAAGAUGAAGACGUGCAGGAGCUAUGCAGGAGGAAUGGAUGCAAGCCAGAAGCAGCCAAAGAAGGCUCCCAGGGUUGCUUCCUGUGCUUCGUUGAUGUCAAGAAGCAGCAGCAGUAGCAGGCCACCUUCAAUUCCCUUGCAGAAUCCUCAAUGUCCCCGUUGAAGGGCAUCAAAAGGAGAAAGAACGAUACAUACCAAAUCAAUAACAUCGUGAUUGUUAUUGCUAUUGUAUUUGUUUUGUUCAUAUGCGGCGACAUACACCAAAUCAAUUCUAAUUCUAAUGUACACGAAUAUAAUUCUAAA